UGUUCUACUUAUCAGCUCAUCCUGCUUCUCGGCCAUCAUGACUGCCGCACAGAUACUGAAGCUCCUGGUGGUCGUCUCCAUGCAAAAUCUCAUUCCCAGCUUCCAGCCGCUCUUCAAUCUAGACGGAAAAUCCCUCAGUCACCGUGACAUCACACGAAAGGCGAUCCUCAGAAAGACAGCGGAGGUCUGCAGAGACAUUGCUGCUUCUGAGGGACUGAACUUCAGCCUCCCUAUUGAUGACAAUCUGUCAGCUGACAAGGUGCAAAGGGCCUGUUCUUCUGCAGGCGCGUCCAGUUCAAUCUUCUCCAGUAUCGGCUUUCUAACCUCCAUCACCACUGUGUACCUGAGCAACGCACAAGUGGAUUUGUUUUUCAUUCUGAGUGCGAGGCGACACUUUGACAAUGAGACGUUCCAGGAAGGACGAGAUAUUAUCACAACAGGUUUGUCUGCUCUGAAGGCCAGCGUAAAGAUGGAAAACUUUUUCAUAGGAAGAUGGAAUCUAGGGGUCAUCUGUCACACUCUCCAGGACUUCUACAGUCACAGCAACUGGGUGGAGCUGGGGAGAACUUCUCCGUACAGCGCUCUGAUCAGAGCAGACCAAGCUCUGCAGAACCUGACAGGUCCAAAUACUCCAACCUGUAGAAACUGUGCAGGUGGAAGCUGUGAUGACAAUCUCCUGCCUGAAUUGCUGCAGCAGGGUCUUCUCACUACAGGCUACUUCAACCCUUUCUUCUCAUCCAAACCUGCAGGUAAAUGCAGCCAUGGUGGUUUAUCUGACCAAACCAGCAGGCGAGAUCCAGUAGGGGGCAUCAAUAAGGAUCAUUCUGGAUCCAGUCAUGGUUGGCUUCACCAAAGAGCAGCUGAUUUGGCUAUAAACGCCACAGCAGAGCUACUGCAGGACAUCAGGCUAGCUGUCGGAGACAAGACCUUUUUGCGAUUUAUGGGCCUCUCCUUUGCCCCUGUGCUGUGUUUUGUCAUUGACACCACAGGCAGCAUGAAGGAUGACAUAACUGAAGCAAAGAGAGUUUCUUUUAGCAUCAUUGAUGGAUGGAGGGGAACUGAGCAGGAGCCAUCUGGCUACAUAUUAGUACCUUUCAAUGACCCAGAUAUUGGACCAGUGACUAAGACAACCAACGCAGAUGUGUUCAAAAUCAGAAUCAGGAGCCUGACAGCAAAUGGGGGAGGAGACGAACCAGAAAUGUGUUUGUCUGGACUGCAGCUUGCCUUGACUGCUGCUCCACCGCACUCUGAGAUCUUUGUGUUCACUGAUGCUCCAGCUAAAGACUUGCUUCUAAGCAGCACCAUCACUGCACUUAUAGAGAGCACCAAGAGCAGGGUCACUUUCAUCUUGACCAGCGCCUUUGCUAGUCGACGCAGAAGGUCUCAGGAAAUGAAUCAACAGACCAUUUCUCCCUCUGAUGCCCAGUUGUAUCGAGACCUAGCUCACACAUCUGGAGGUCAGACUAUUGAGGUCACCAAGUUAUCACUGUCUCAGGCCACUACUGUAAUAGAGGACUCAUCAGUUGCUGCUGUGGUGACUGUUUUCCAGAGAGUGUUGGAUCCUGGAAGACCUGAAAACUUCACUUUUUCUUUAGAUGGUUCAUUAGGAAAUGUCAUCGCCUACAUCACAGGAUUCUCAGUUGUCUCCUACAGUGUCACCAGCCCCACAGGUGUUUCUCAGAGCUCCAGUCAACUCAGUGGUCCUCUGGCAACUAUCACCACAACAGGAAACCUACAUCGUUUAAAACUCAGCACUGAAUUUCAAACGGGACUUUGGCAAAUCAGUGUUAACUCCAUGUCUUCAUAUACUGUCAAGGUCACAGGGCAAAGUUCAGUGAGCUUCAUUUAUCACCUAGUGGCGUCAUAUGAAGGAGCUCACGGGGACUUCAGUCUAAUGAACGGACGUCCUGUUUCAGGUGACAAUGUCAGCCUCUUGGUCUCUGUGACAGGAAGUGAUCAAGUAAAGGUCACAGAGGUCACGCUGCUCGACAGCUCAGGGCCAACGGAGGUCAACGGAUCACUUCAGUCAGUGGGAAGUGGCAGCUUCUUGGUGACGUUCGUUGGCAUUCCAGCAGGUGAUUAUGUAGUUACUCUGAGAGGAGAGGAAACCAGCUCCACCCCUGUCUCACUGCCCAUCAGCUUCCAGAGGCAGGCUUCCACUAAGAUUAGAACCUCCAGCAUCUCAGUCAUUGCCAAUGUCAACCAGACCAACAUAGAACCUGGUUCCACCGUCUCCGUCCCUUUCACAGUGGCCACAACCAGCAAUGGAGCUGUUAACAAGUUAAUCAGAGUGCGGGCCAGCAAUGACCGCAGCUUUGCUUCUACUUCACCCGGUGCUGUCACUGUAGAUGCAUCCAGUGGAGAAAAAGCCCACGGCACCGUGACUUUAACUGUACCAGCAACUGCUGCAUCUGGAACCGAUGUGACUCUUACCAUUGAAGUAGAGAAUGAAGCUGCAAGUGACAUGAACUACUCUGUUCUCCGAUUCUCUGUGGCUGCCAAGGUGGCAGAUGUGUACCGUCCUGUGUGCCAGGAAGUCAGUACAUCAGGUGUUUGCCCGUCUUCUUCCUCACUGUGCUUGUCGUCUCAGUGGGUAUUUAUCACUAAUAUCACUGAUGGUGUCAACGGAACAGGCAUUGAAACUGUCACCAUAAUCCAAGGGAAUGGUUCCUUAAGCACCAGCACGGUAGCUGGAGCAGGAGGGGAGAACGUUACUGUGGCAACCUACAAUUCUUCCUGUUGUUCACUCCAUGUAGAGCUAUCUUUUGUAGACCGUGUAGGAAAUGUGGGGAUAUGUGUGGGGCAGGCAAGAGUCAACACAACUAGUAAAGAGCCCACUAUUAGCACUGUGAUUACAGCUACAGGUAACAGCCUCCACUGGAGGUCACACUACUGUAUGAGCAUGACAAACCCUCUCCUGAUCAGUGGGGUGGUGUUUUUUCUCUGGAAGUGAAAGGUAAAUCAACAGUUUCGCGCUCAAACCAAACCAAGGUGUUUAAAUCCCACUCUUAGUGUGUGAAAACAGAUUUUCUUCCAACUUAGCUUUUUGGUUAUAUUGAAAAUGUAAGAGGUCCUAAAUAAUUAAUAAUUCAGACAUGCCUAGAGCUGCCCUUACUGUAAUAAUCAAAAGAUGCAAUACUAAACUGGAAAGAUUGUUUAUUAUUUACAUUUAGGGCUUAAAUUAUAAUUUCAUACUUUGGCAUUAAGGGGAUACUCUAAGUGUCAUGAUUCAUACUACUUCCUGUUUUAUUUUGUAAUACUUCCUGUUCAGUCGUCACCUUCCGGAUCAUUCAGCACACCUGUCAGCAGUUAAUUAAUCAGCACCGGUAUAUAGCCUUGAUCUCACACUGACUCCAGUUGCCAGAUUGUCAAGUCCAGUACUUCUUUCCAGCGUUUAGUACAGUAUCUUGUCUUUCGUGUAUUGAUCCUGUUUCUCCUGACUACCGAAUCCUGCCUGAACCCUGAUAUUACUGUUGCCUGGAUAAGAACCCUGCUUGUAUAUCUGACCGUGAGUUUGCCUAACCCUUGUCUGUACCGUCACCGUGAUCGUCUGUGUACCGAACCCUGCCUGUCUAUUGACCUGAGAUUGCCUGCUCCCUGACUGUGCCUUAAGACCGAGCUCUUGUGUAUGACCUGGACCGUCUCACUCUGAUUGUGGAAAUAAAACCUGCAUUUAUUCUCAUCA